UUUCACACUCACCCAUUGAAUUAGGUAUAGCUACAUGCAAGCAUCUUGCAGCACUGCAACGCCGAAAAUCCGGUCUCGACCUUGCAGAAUCCAUUCGUUGGGCUCCAAAGUCGACAAUAUUUCCAUGCAAGGUUAGACCGUUAUUGCAACCUGAAAAUAAGCUCUGGAGAAUAUCACGCCUAUCCGAAAUUUCUCAUCUUUGACUUUGAUUAGAAUAUCAAGAUGUUUCCUUAAAUAUCAGUGAGAGACUAGCGGAGCGCAGCCGGAUCUACCUUCUUACACCCAAAAUGCCCUAUUUCAGCAGUAAUGCCAAGCAGUUUAUAGGCGAACUUACAACAUACCUCGAACAGGAUCCUGCUAAUGAUGGCCAUCAUCUAAGCGAAGUAGUUGGCCUUGUAGAUGGUUUCAUCAAGCAGGAGGAUCUUGAGUCUGCUGAAAAUGCUAUUCAGCUUCUCGGAACCGCUGUAGGGACGCAACGAGCAUGGCAGAAACCGUAUCGGUCGUCCGGCAUUCUGGACUACAUUUUGCAACAACUCAAUCCCGCAUCUACAGCUACAGCGUUAGCAAAACAAUAUCUAAGGGUGGUUGGUAAUUCUGUUGCUGAUAAUGAUGAGAUCAGAGAGCUAGUAUUGUCCAAGUUCGACGCUCUUGUCGGCUUUCUGGGCCAACCGCCGCUGACCGUGACUGCUCUUGCAGUACUUUUGAAUCUUUGCAACGAGUAUGAUGCGGCGCAAACUCAGGCUGCUACAGUCAGACUCGACAGCAUCGUCGCGAAACUGCUGGCAUUAGGCAAAAUUCCAGAAGAGGCUACAGAUUAUGCCACUGAUCUAAUCGGGUGGACUACAGAGAAGCUCACGACCACGCAAGUUGAAGAUGAUGUGUCCGUGGAAACUUUCGAAGACCUUCUGAAGGUCACGCUUCAGUACGACGAGGACAACUAUCACGAUCAAGUCGCUGUUCUGGCGCAUUAUCUCCAAUUUCCGACAUUUCACCAAAAGCUUACCAAACCUGGUACGAUCAACCAAUUGGUUGAGUUACUGUUUGACUACGAAGGGCGACUUGAGCCCGAUGAGAUAUCGGAUGUUUUUCAAAGCCUAAGCGUGCACACCGAUCCCGAAGAAGAGUCUGACCGUGAAGCUGAGGUUGUUCUGAUGGUACAGUUGGUGAACUCAUUAUCUGCAAUAUCAGCGUCGGAUUCGUUUGUCAGCAAUUUCAGUGUCCAAAGCCCAAUGCUCCGCAGGCUAAGCACCCAAUUACGUCGGUCACCAGCAUUGCCUUCGGCAGUGUGCGCCUGUGUCAUGCUUGGAAACCUCGCUACGUCCGACGCAACCUGCAUAUCGAUGGUCAAAGACGAGGAAUUGCACGUUCCCCUGCUUGAACUGCUCGACUCCCCAGAACCGCCUGCGCUGACUUAUGCAGCCGCUGGCUUCGUACGGCAUUUAGCCUACCCGGAACUGAAUCGGGCAGUACUUGCAGAAGUUGGCUUUAUUGAGACCUGCUGCCGUCUUCUUGUCAUCGCGGACCCAUCCACUCGGGGCGAGGCGGCUGCGAUUCUGGGAAAGCUUGUCUCUAACAAUGUGGAAAACAUCACAAAAGUAGUGACCAUGGCUCUUCCUGAGGACAUCGUCCCGGCAAAGGUUGGUGAUGUGGAAGUUCCAUCGCCAACGACAAUUCUAUACCACGUCGCCAGUCAAGCUCUUGUCCCCUCAGGACCAGUUCCCAGUACAUCAAUGAAGAAUGCGAUGAUCGAGAUCGGACGGACUAUUGUGGCCAUAUUAAGAUUUCUCAGGCAGAAUCAGACCUCAAACGACAACCUUGAGGCAAUCACAAGUCAAGUAUUCCAAACACCGCUUCUGGCACGACCAGUAGCAAGACUCGUUCGUCAACGAUUUUUCGCAGAAGCUCGGUCCGAGGGACUUCUGGGCCUAGGGCUUUUGGCGCAGACCGAAGAUGGUGCCCGCCUUGUGAUAGAAGAGUUCAAUGCCGACGAAGGGCUCUUCGAUGCUCUCAAGGAAUUCGUUCUGGAAGGAAAGGGUGAGGGUAGUCAGGCAGAAGGCUUGAGAAGGGAUCAUCAGAAUGCACUUGUGCUUCUGCAUGGACUUACGAACAAUGGAGGAGAACUGGUGGAAAUCUCUUGGAAAGAUAAAAUAGGCUCUCUUCAGGGCGAGCUAGCUAGCAAGAUCGAAACUCCAUAGUCUUAGAUUUUAGUCGGUACCUGGUAUAUCGAUAACCAGACAGGAAUUACCAAAAGUUAUUGUUAUGAAC